AUGGAGCCCGCCGCCGCGGCCACGGUGCAGCGACUCCCAGAGACCAGCAGGGAGGACCGGGCUCCGGCUCCGGCUCCGGCGGCGGCGGCGGCGGCGGUGGCGGCGGCCGCAGCUUUGGCGGCGGCGGCCGCAGCGGCGGGGAGUGGCGGCCGGAGCCCAGAGAAUCCCCUGCCCUCGGAGACCCCGAACAUGCAGUUCCUCCCGAGUGGCGGAGCUGGGGAGGAGGCCCCCGCCGGGGCGCUGCCGGGCAAAGCCGGGGGCACCGUGCGGAGGAGGAGGAGAGGGGCGCCCCUACUCGCGGCCAACGGGGCUCCCCCGGCCCCCGGGGCGGGCAACAGCGCUAACUCCUUGCUGCUCCGGAGGGGGCGGCUGAAGAGGAAUCUGUCCGCCGCCGCCACCACCACGUCGUCCUCCUCCUCUUCUUCCUCGGCCGCCGCCGCCUCCCAUUCCUCCAGCGCUGCCAGCCUCGCCGCUUCUUGCUCGGCCUCGGCGUCGCUGUGCACCCGGAGCUUGGAUAGGAAGACGCUGCUGCUGAAGCAUCGACAGAUGAUGCAGCUGCAGCCGUCCGACCGGGACUGGGUGAGGCACCAGCUGCAGCGGGGCUGCGUGCACGUCUUCGACCGCCACAUGGCCUCGACUUACCUGCGCCCGGUGCUCUGCACGCUGGACACGACGGCCGGCGAGGUGGCGGCCCGCCUGCUGCAGCUGGGGCACAAAGGCGGCGGCGGCGUAGUGAUGAAAGUUCUGGGCCGGGGGUCCUCGCCGGCGACCCAGCCCCAACCAUCGUGGACGGAAUCUGCUGCAGACGCCCCGACGGCCGGCCACGGGGCUCGGAGCCCCGAGGCCCCCGGGUCCCGGCUCGGACUGACAGCGCCAGACUGUGAGCCCGGAGAGCUGCAGCCGAGGAAGAACGGGCUGGGGGAUCCCGCCAUCCGAGGGAAGCCGCGCACGCCCCCAGGGGAUCUACCGCUCCGAAGCAAUGGGGCGGGAAGACUUGUGGGGUGCCUGGCCCACGGCAGCCCUGCGCCCUCGGACUUCAGCCCCGGAGAUUUGUAUGCAGGAGUCCCCGGUUCCCUGCUGGGUGAUCUGCGGCCAGUGGAUGGCGUGGUGGGAGGCCCGGCCUCAGACACGGAGAGUUUCAGCCUGAGUCCCAGCGCCGAGAGCGUCUCGGACCGGCUGGACCCCUACAGCAGCGGCGGCGGCGGCGGCUCCUCCUCUUCGGAGGAGCUGGAGGCCGAUGCCACCCCAGGUCCUGCUCUUGCCCCUGCCCAGGCUUUGACGGAGGGGUCGGGCCUCGCCCAUCACCCGAGCGGCUCAGCCGCGUCUCGGACGGGCGGGCCGGUGGCAGAAGAGUCCGGCGAUUUCCCGCCACUCCCUCCUCCUCCUCCCCUUGCUGCCCCGGCACAGUCGCCACCGAAAGCCCCGAAGGGGGUGGACAGCCGGGGUAGGGUCUCCCAGGACGAGCCUGUGGAGAAGGCGAUUGCAGGAGGAGUAGGUGAGGAGCUCAAGCUGUUGCCGCCCGGGCACGGAGGAGCUGCGGACAAGAGCGCCCCGGUGCCCACCUUGUACGUGCAGUUUCAUGGAGAGACAACCCGUCGGCUGGAGGCACACGAAAAGCCGCUGCAGAUCCAAAAUGACUACCUCUUUCAGCUGGGAUUUAGGGAGCUAUGGAGGGUGCAGGAAGAGGGCAUGGAUUCCGAGAUCGGGUGUCUCAUCCGCUUCUAUGCAGGAAAGCCCCAUAGCACAGGUGGCUCUGAACGUAUUCAGCUCUCAGGAAUGUACAAUGUGCGAAAAGGGAAAAUGCAGUUACCAGUGAACCGAUGGACAAAACGCCAAGUUAUUCUGUGUGGAACAUGCCUGAUUGUAUCAUCCGUGAAAGACAGCUUGACUGGAAAGAUGCACGUUCUCCCACUAAUUGGUGGAAAAGUUGAAGAAGUAAAGAAGCACCAGCACUGUUUAGCCUUCAGUUCCUCUGGACCUCAAAGCCAGACCUAUUACAUUUGUUUUGAUACUUUUACUGAGUACUUAAGGUGGCUUCGACAAGUAUCAAAGGUUGCCUCACAGCGUAUCAGCUCAGUGGACCUUUCCUGCUGUAGCCUGGAACAUCUCCCUGCCAACCUUUUCUACAGCCAAGACCUCACUCAUCUCAAUUUAAAGCAAAACUUCCUAAGGCAAAAUCCCAGCUCACCAGCUAGCAGAGGACUUGGUGAACUCAAAAGGUUUACCAAGUUGAAGAGCCUUAAUCUUUCCAAUAACCAUCUCGGAGAUUUCCCUCUGGCAGUAUGCAAUAUCCCAACCUUGACUGAGCUGAAUGUGUCCUGCAAUGCCCUAAGAACUGUUCCAGCAACAGCAGGAGAUAUGCACAAUUUACAGACCUUUUUGUUGGAUGGUAACUAUCUUCAGUCCCUUCCUGCUGAGCUGGAGAAUAUGCAGCAACUCAGUUACCUAGGACUCUCCUUCAAUGAAUUCACAGACAUUCCAAAGGUUUUGGAGAAACUGACUGCUGUCGAUAAACUUUGUAUGUCUGGAAAUUGUAUGGAGAUGCUCAACCUGCAGGCUUUAAGAAGAAUGCCACACAUUAAACAUGUGGAUUUGAGAUUGAAUAUAAUUAGGAAGCUGAUGGUGCAGGAGUUAGACUUCCUUCCACAUGUGACUCAACUUGACUUGCGAGAUAAUAAACUUGGUGAUCUGGAUGCUACAGUUUUCAACAAUCUUGAAGUUCUGCACUGUGAAAGGAACCAGUUGGUGACACUCAAUGUUUGUGGCUAUUUGCUAAAAGCACUCUAUGCUUCUUCAAAUGAACUUGUUCAACUCGAUAUUUACCCAGUUCCAAAUCAUCUGACAUUCAUGGAUGUUUCGAGGAACCAUCUAGAAAGUGUCCCUGAGUGGGUAUGUGAGAGCCGCAAGCUAGAAGUGUUGGACAUUGGUCAUAACCAGAUCCGUGAGCUCCCUGCACGCUUGUUUUAUAAUAGUAGUCUUCGUAAACUGCUGGUAGGCCAUAACCAGCUAACCAAGCUACCAGAAAGACUGGAGAGAACCCAGGUAGAAGUCCUGGAUGUUCAGCACAACCAGCUUGUUGAGUUACCACCCAAUCUCCUGAUGAAGGCUGACAGCUUGAGGUUCUUAAAUGCAUCUGCCAACAAGCUGGAAACUAUCCCUCCGGCCACGCUUUCAGAAGAGACAAGUAGUAUCUUGCAGGAGCUGUACCUGACUAACAACCACCUCACUGACAAGUGUGUGCCCUUGUUAAUAGGGCAUCCUCACUUGAAGAUUCUGCAUAUGGCCUAUAAUCGGCUUCAGAGUUUUCCAGCAAGUAAAAUGGCCAAACUGGAGGAACUGGAAGAAAUCGAUAUCAGUGGGAACAAAUUGAAAGCCAUUCCAACCACUAUCAUGAAUUGUCGACGAAUGCAUACUGUGAUCGCUCACUCUAACUCCAUCGAAGUCUUCCCUGAAGUCAUGCAACUAACAGAAAUCAAGUGUGUGGACCUGAGCUGUAAUGAACUAAGUGAAGUCACAUUACCUGAAAACCUGCCUUCAAAGCUACAAGAACUAGACUUGACUGGAAACCCUCGGCUUUCCCUGGAUCACAAAACUCUGGAGCUGUUGAAUAAUAUCCGAUGUUUUAAGAUUGACCAGCCUUCAGCUGGGGAUGCUUCAGGAGCCCCAGCUGUAUGGAGCCAUGGCUACACUGAAGCCUCAGGUGUAAAGAAUAAGUUAUGUGUUGCAGCCCUGUCAGCAAAUAAUUUUUGUGACAACCGGGAGGCUCUAUAUGGAGUCUUUGAUGGAGACCGCAAUGUAGAAGUGCCAUAUCUUCUGCAAUGCACAAUGAGUGACAUUCUGGCAGAGGAACUACAGAAAACAAAAAAUGAAGAGGAGUACAUGGUCAACACUUUCAUUGUCAUGCAAAGGAAACUUGGAACUGCUGGGCAAAAACUUGGAGGCUCUGCUGUCCUGUGCCAUAUAAAGCAUGAUCCUAUGGACCCAGGAGGAUAUUUCACCUUGACCUCUGCUAAUGUGGGAAAAUGCCAAACAGUUCUGUGCCGGAAUGGGAAACCUUUGCCUCUGUCGAAAUCUUAUAUCAUGAGCUGUGAAGAGGAAUUGAAGAGAAUCAAGCAGCAUAAAGCCAUUAUCACUGAGGAUGGCAAGGUGAAUGGAGUAACUGAGUCUACACGGAUCUUGGGCUACACUUUCCUGCACCCCAGCGUGGUUCCCCGUCCUCACGUGCAGUCGGUGACACUGACCCCACAAGACGAGUUCUUCAUCUUGGGCAGCAAGGGGCUGUGGGACAGCCUGUCCAUCGAGGAGGCAGUGGAGGCCGUGCGGAACGUGCCCGACGCUUUAGCCGCGGCCAAGAAGCUGUGCACACUGGCCCAGAGUUACGGCUGUAACGACAGCAUCAGCGCUGUGGUGGUGCAGCUCAAUGUCACCGAGGACAGCUUCUGCUGCUGUGAGCUCACCGGAAGUGGGGUCCCCCCUCCAAGCCCAGGCAUCUUUCCUCCCUCGGUCAAUGUGGUGAUCAAAGACCGGCCCUCCGACGGGCUGGGAGUGCCCUCCUCCAGCAGUGGCAUGGCCUCUGAGAUCAGCAGUGAGAUCUCCACCUCGGAGAUGAGCAGCGAGGUGGGCUCCACAGCCUCGGACGAGCCCCCCCCGGGAGCCCUGAGUGAGAGCAGCCCGGCCUACCCCAGCGAGCAGCGCUGCAUGCUCCACCCCGUCUGUCUGUCAGGCUCUUUCCAGAGACAGCUCUCCAGCGCCACCUUCUCCAGUGCCUUCUCCGACAACGGCCUGGACAGUGAUGAUGAAGAGCCCAUCGAAGGGGUCUUCACCAAUGGCAGCAGGGUGGAGGUGGAGGUGGACAUUCACUGUGGCCAGGCCAAGGAGAGGGAGAAGCAGCAGCAGCUACUGCCUCAGGUACCCACCGAGGCCAGCGACGAGGGCAUUGUGAUCAGUGCCAAUGAGGACGAGGUGGGGCUGCCCAGGAAGCCCGACUUCUCUGCUACCGGGACCAUUGGGCGCAGGAGAGGCAACGGCUCUGUGGCCCCCCAGGAGAGGAGCCACAACAUGAUUGAGGUGGCUGCCGAUGCCCCUCUCCGGAAAACGGGGGGCUACUUUGCAGCUCCGGCUCAGCCUGAUCCCGAUGACCAGUUUAUCAUCCCACCUGAGCUAGAAGAGGAAGUCAAAGAAAUCAUGAAACAUCAUCAGGAGCAGCAACAGCAGCAGCAGCAGCAGCAGCAGCAACAACAGCAGCAGCAGCAGCAGCAGCAGCGGCAGUAUCAGAUGGACCAACUGCCAGACUAUUAUGAUACACCACUAUGACCCAGUGCAAGUACUGUUUAAAAAAUAAUAAACUAACCAGAAAAGACUGAAUCGCAAGAGUCUCCCAGGCUCACAUUAAACCAGGGGUUUUACUCCACUUUCUCUUCCCUUCCACUCUCUUUAAGUCCCUCAUUUGCCUUUGCAGCUAAUCUGUAGGUUCUCUUCUUUGUUAUUUUUUAAUAAUCACCACUUUUCUUCUAGUAAUACUUUACCAAUAUAAUUUUAACUGGUUAACUCUUCCCUUUCCCCUUUUCCCCUCCCCUAACAUAUCAGAAGUGUAAAAACAAAGAACAAAAGGUUUAAUAUAUUGCAGAGAAACAGAUAAUGAUGAUGUAAUAUUUUUUAAAAAUGGCUUUUUGUUGUUGUUGUUUGUUUGUUUGUUUGAAAGACAGGGCAAGUUGCCAGUACUCAAUGAUUCAGUAAUAUUGUAAUACUGUAUUUCUUUGGGGGAAAAAAAGGCCUUUUUCUUUUUCUUUUUUUUUCUUUUUUUUUUUUUUUUUUUUUUUUUUGUCUUGAAAAUGAUAGACAUUUGUAGAAUAUGGAGACUAACUCCUAGGAGUUGCUUUACUCUGUCAGGUGACUGAAGUCACUGAGAUUCACUAAUUUUCUCUGAGAGAACAGUUGAUUGGGAAAUUAUUACUGUAAAUAGCUCAGUGUUGUAUAGUAAUGCUUAAAAUGUUUUGUAGUCUCAGCAUAAGGACACAGCCUGAACAACUGACUUUGUGUUCUUUCCCUCUCCCCUCCCAACCCCACCUUAUUUAUACCUGGCCCUCCAAGGAUUUCAAUUCAUGCUCAUUUUGUGGUGAGCCUACGUGGCCAGACCAGCUAUCUCUACAAAUAAGGUGGUUCUUAGACCACUGAACAACAAUCUGUGUCCAGUGGGCCUCUGAUUUUUUCCCCUUCUCCUUUUCCUUCCCUUAAAUACUUACUUUUCCAGACAUUUUUUUAUUUGUGUUCCUUAUUGCUGCCACAACCAGCAUGAUUGUAUAGAGCUCAUUUAGAUCAUUUACAUACCAAGAGUUAUAUUAAAGCAGAAUGCACAAAUGAACAUGUCAUAAUUUUUGUUAUAAUAAAUAUAAAAUUUACAAGUAA